AUGAGGGUCACUGAAGCAGUCAUUCAUCCUCGGUACGAUCCCGAUACCGUAGUCAACGAUGUCGCCAUGUUACGUCUACCAUCACAUGCGCGGCGAGAACUUGGUCACGGUGUCGCGUGUCUGCCACGUUCUCAGCAUAUAUUACAGCCUCAUACAACCUGUGUUAUAUUAGGCUGGGGUAAAAAGCGACCUACCGACGUUCAUGGUACAAGACUACUUCAUGAAGCUCAGGUAUCUACGAUACAACAAGGUGUAUGCCGUCGCUCUUACUGGCAGUACGCCAUAACGGACAACAUGGGCAUAACAAGUUUCGGUGACGGCUGUGGCAAGCGUGGUAAGUAUGGUAUCUACACCCGCACCGCAGGCUAUGUUAACUGGAUGAAGGAAAUCAUGAAUAAUAAGUACUUUGACUGAUAUUUGUAAUAACUGAUACUUAAUUGAAAAUAUUUUUUGUUACGUAUAGGUUAUAUAUAUCUUAGAGUUGAUAAUAUUAAAUAAUAAAUAUUAGAGGAAUAUCGAGUGUAUACUGUAGUGAUAGAUAUAAGGUUAUUCUUAUUACCGAACACCUUUCAGUUUUUAGUUUUUUUUUAUAUUAUUACAAGAUUAUUUCGUUUGCAUUAAAAAUAAAAAAAAAAUAUAGUUGUUUUCAAAUAUUUCUAUAUUUAAAAUAAUUGUUUAGAAAUAUCAAUUGGUUACAAUGUUGAAAGAUUAUCAUUUAAUAAAAUGAUUACUUGAAUUUUUUGAAUAUUAAUAUAAAUAUAAUAAUAAAAUCUAAACGAAGUCAGUGAAUAGUUACCAACAUUAUAUAAAUAAAAUGUAUAAUAAUAGUGAUUUUGCACAUUCAUUUAGCGCUAACAGAUGAACUGCCAAUGGCAAAAAAGAAAAAAUAUUAUAAGAAUGGUAACGUUGUUGUAAGAUAAAAGUAUUAUAGAAAAUGGAAUGGAUACGUAGAAAUAAAGUCUCUCUAUGAUAAAUUGUUUUAUUUUCACCUCUAGACUAAGAUCCAUAGAUUUGAGCAGCGUUUCAAUGAUUUGGAAUUUAUUUAAAUUAUACGAUUAUACAUACCGGUGCAAAUUGGGAAUAUGCGUCUGAUUAAAAAAGGUUAAAUAUAUUUUAUUAUGAUCAUUAUUUCUAUAGAAUAUUCUAUAGAAGUCUAUGUGAAUAUUUUUCAACAUGGAAAAUAAUUAUUAAAAAUUCGGUAACCUUAAAAUAUUCAAACGCCAUGCUACUUGUGAGAGCGGAUGUGACAAAAAUGUACACGUGUAGGGAUGUUUUACAAAAAAUUAACAUCGAUGCAAUAACAUCAAUGUAUUAUGUCGCAAUAUUAACCAGUGAUAACAAUUUAAAUGACGUUUUAAGCUUUUAUUUUUAUUUGAAAAAUUUUGUGAACUAUAUCAUUAUUAAAAAAGUCUAU